UAUCAAAUGGACACUUUGGUUGAUGAUGUACCUGGAAAAAACAAGAAGGAGAUUCCGAAGUCAGUUCACAGAGAGAAAAUCGUGUACAGUGUGUGUCUGUGUGCAUCAUAUUUAACAUGUGGAUGGAAUCUCGCUGAGAUUGGCUCCGCCCUUCUCGAUCUCAAACAGCUCACUUCCGUUUCGCUAGAAGCUGCCUCGCUGUAUCAGACGUUCUUCAAUGUUGGUUAUUUUGCUGGCUCCCUGUUGUGUGGAGUCCUCUACAAGAAAAUUAACAAGUUUAUUUUCCAAUUUUUCUCGCUCCUUAUUGUCGCCAUUGCACUGGUGAUAAUCCCUUGGUGCCAUGAGCACAUCGCCAUGGUUACAGCUCAUUGUUUCGUUGGCGUAUCUGGAGGUAUAAUUGAUUCAGUGGUAAAUGCCGAGAUGCUGGCUAUCUGGGGAGAGGAAGGACGCUCCUACGUCCAGGCGAUGCAUUUCACUUACGCCCUGGGUGGAAUUAUCUCCCCUAUCAUAACAGCUCAAUUUUUAGCGCCGAAGUCGAACCAUUCUGACGUCAUAAUUUCAUUAACCAAUAAUAAUGCGUCUUACAUUUACGUCCCAAACAAUUUAACCAUCACUCAAUCAGCACACUAUGACAAUCAGUCAAAUUCAUUUUCUAAUUGUAGUUCUUUUCCCGAAAUAUCAACAUCUUUAGAUACCAUUCGGAACUCCACUGUAGUUUCAAACUCGUUUUAUGAAACAUCGCGGAUCUACAUAGCCUAUAGUAUUUCGGCUUCCUUAUGUUUACUGAUCGGUUUGCCUUACUUGUUUAUGUUCUUCACCUUUGACCUUUCAAAAAUCAGAACAGGAAGGACCCUGAAGGAAGAAAAGGCUUCCCCUGAUCUUUCACGACUCGAUACAAUCCUCGUCCUUAUCAACUUCGGGAUAAUGGCCGGGAUAUAUGUCGCUAUUGAGGAAUCGUUUUCCGGAUUCCUAAAUGCAUUUUGUGUCAACCGCCUUGAUUGGUCGACAGUAGACGGGUCUUAUGUAACAUCAGUUUUCUAUGGCUGUUUUGGAUUUGGUCGUCUGAUAGCAGUACUUUGGGUUAAAUAUCUAAAUCCGAAGAAGAUUUUAAGUGUAUUUUGUAUAGCGUUGUUCUUGAUGUUUGCUAGUAUAUUAAUAUAUGCUAUUUACUACCUUAAUGCUGGUAUGUGGCUUACGGCGGCUCUUACGGGACUUUUUAUAGCUGUCAUAUACCCAACAAUAUUUACCUGGACAGAGGAAGAUUUUCUACCGGUGUCGGGGAAAAUUUCAUCCUACUUUAAUAUUACUUCCGCUUUAGGCGGAACAAUAAAUCCUAUUUUAGUCGGAACAUUAAUGGAUGUGUACAGUCCACUGUGGUACACAUAUUUAUUGAUGGGAGAGUCACUCAUCUUAUUGAUGACGUGUAUAGGUGGGAUGGCGUUGUCAAGGAAAUUACGUCAGAAAUUACAACAGAGCGGGCAGGUUGAUUACGCUGAUCAGGAAGGUCAGUUGAUGUAAAUACACCUUGUAUAUAUGUAUACUGAAUACUUCACUUCGCCACAU